AUGACAUCUAUGCUUUCAAUUGCGCGGUCAUGCCAGCUGCUCCAGGGAGGCCAAGCAAGGCUUGUGGCACUUGCAAAAAGCAAAAGAUUCGCUGCUCUGGUGAGCGGCCACGUUGUCGACGUUGCACUCGGCUCAACCAUAGAUGCAUUUACAGCGAAACCACCAAUCAUGACCAAACUGUCCGAUACCAACGAGAACCCAGGCCUUUGGCGUUAUUAUCGAGUCAACAGGGGACUCAUUCUGCUGGAUCGGAAGGCCGUUUCGAAGAAUACUUUGGCAAUCUUCUAUCGCGAUGAAGCUGGUAGAUUCAUCCUUAAGGACCAGGGUUUCAUGAUUGAAUGGGCAAAAAAGGCCGGUAAACUGGUGUUCCAGGAGGCCGAGGAGCUCCACGAGGACAAUCUCGUUACGUUCUUCAACCUUGCCUUGUUCUGGCACAGCCAGGGCUCAUGGCGGGUUAGUUAUCUCCACAAAGGCAACGCGUGUCAGCUGAUCCAUAUUAUUGGUCUUGGCCCGCCAAGAUCGCGAGACGCGGGACUACUAACUUCGGAGAUUAGACGAAGGCGACUUUGGGCUUGCUAUCUGAUGCAUUGCUUCAGCUCGGAAAAACUGUUUCGAUUUAAUUCAAUCGCAGAUAUUCAGGCUUUGGCUUUGCCUUGGCCGGAACCAGAUUUCCGGCAAGGUGCCUCAAAGGCUCCCUCUUCAUACUUGAACUCAAAAGGAAACAGCAGAAGCAUCUUUGCUGAGUUGAUCCGAGGGUUGACUCUUUGGUGCCAUGUUGUCUGUGCCGUCAAAACUCCAGAAGCUGGCAUGGAUAGCAAAAUUGCAGACAUUUGCACCAUUGAGAAUAAACUAUCGGCUUGGUGGGAGGCGGUGCAGCCAGACUUCAAGUUGGAUCCCCACGACAUGAGAGGCGUUGAACAGAAACAAUUCUCUACAAUUUUGCUGACCAACCUCGUCUACCACCAGUCUCUUUGUGCUCUCCAUGCCUCUAUAGUUCCUCUCUUCUGUUGGACUAAAGGAGACGGGAGUUGGUCAUCUGCUCGGCAGUUAUCGGCCCAAACUGCUUUCGAGCAUGCUGGCAUAGUCUCCGAACUCAUCAAUAGUGUCCUGUCGAAGAGCACCCGGCUUAGUGCGAUGCUAAGUUAUGUUGCUUACGCAGCAUAUUGUAGCUGUGCAAUACAUAUCCCAUUCUUGUGGUGUUCCCAACCAACCAUCAGAGAGAGGGCCUAUGCCAAUGUUGGGGCGAACGUCAGGAUGAUGCAGGCCAUGAGCCCGUACUGGAAGCUUGCCUCGCUGCUGGAAAUAUACGCCCGGUGCCUAUAUGAUAUCCACCAGCGAAACCCGCCCAUCGUCAGCAAUGAGCCCAAGUAUGCCGACAUCUCCGAGUUUACCAGCUUCAAAGCCGACGCUUCCCUAGCUAGGCCCUCUAUCUUGGAGUUUACUGGGGUUUUGCGGUCGAGUGAGGGUGGGUACAUACGGCCGGGAGAGGAAAGUAAUACGCUUAGGGUCGAGAGUGAUGAUGUGGGUGAUGGACCAUCAUCUACGCCGUUCUUCGUGACAGAGCAGCUACCCGAGACGAUGGCAAAGAAUACCGAAGAACUGGAGACCGGUCCACGACCAUCUUCAGACGCUCAGAGGAGCUUGGAUUGCAUGAGACCGCAAAGUCCCAGUCUUCAACAAGAAGCAACUGAACCGAACGGGCUCCAAAAUAUGGCGGAACGCCAGCAAGUCGAUGCAGUUGCCAGUGAAUGGCCAACUUUGGAUGUGUUCAACUCUCUUUUUGACGCUGAAAUGGCCAAUUUCUUUCCGGACACUAUGAGCAUUGACCCUUCGCUUCUGGGCACAGAACCGUUGACGUGGGACUUUUUGGACAUGCCAGCAGAGAAGGGCGACUGA